GCAGAAGGUGGCGGUAAUUUACUGUAGACUUAAAAAAAAAAGAAAACAGAGCAAAAAUCUCACGAAGAAGAUCUAAAACUAAAAGCUGGCGGUUUCCUGGUAGCGGGACACUUGAAAAUACAAACACGGUGGUGCUUUUUUCGCAUGUCCGAGAUGUAAAGUUUGCUUUUUUUAAGUGUAUGUGAACUUGUGGUCGGUCAGUAGACGAGGUAAAGUAACAGCAAAAUGCCUCUUAAACACCGGCCGAACGCGGCUAACAUCUCGAGCUCGGUGGAGUCGGAGGACGUGAGUCUGGAAACCACCGUGCCCACCACCGAGGACGUUUCUUCAUCCGACGACCAGCGGGACGGUUCCCAAAAGGUGACCCGUCAGAUGAUCGAGAGGAAGGAGCUUCUGCACAACGUCCAGCUGUUAAAAAUCGAGCUUUCUCGGAAGAAUUUGAUCAUUGACAACAUGAAGGCUGAACAUAUGACCAAGACUGAGGAGCUGGAGGACAGACUAAACGAUGCUCUGUAUCAAAAACAAGUGCUGUCUCUAAGACUGGACAGUCAGCUUAAACUUACUCAGGAGGAGAACAGGAAGCAGGAGGCCCUGCGUAAGCAGGAGAUGGAUUCCAUCUUGCUGAAGCAGCAGCAGUUGGAGAAAACCAACCGACAGCUGCGUGAGAAGGCGGGAGAGGUGCGAAAGUCCCUCAAGGAGAUGGAAAUCUCCCAGGACAGAUACCAGGAGCUCCGUGACCUCCCCGAAGACAAACUGUCCAUACAGGAAUUUGUAGCUAUGCGUUUCUAUGAAGUGGUGACUCCUCUGCAAGCUCAGCUUGCAGAACUCCAUGUGAAGAAGAACAGUUUGACAGAAGAGCUGGAUGUGUACAGAACCCAGAUGAAGACUCUCAUGGAGAGCUAUGAUGAAGAGCGACGUCUGCGUACAGAGCUGGAGUUAAGGAGCCAGCGAUUGACCUUAGAAAUAGCCGACACGAAGCAGCACAUCCAAGAAGGGGAUUUUCGUAGAGACAACUACCCCGUCAUCAAACGUGAGCGUGAUAACUUUGAAGCAGAAUUGAAGGAGUUAAAGAGAAGAUUUGAGUCCCUGGACUUAACUCACACUGCACUUAUCAGGGAAAGAGAUGCACUCAGCACAGAGGUGGUGACAUUGCAGCAGUCUGUAACACUGCUGCAAAAAGACAAGGAGUACAUCCACAGGCAGAACUUGGAGCUCAAUGUCCGAUGUGCACAUGAAGAAGACCGCCUGGAGAGGCUGCAGGCACAAUUAGAAGACACCAAAAAGGCCAGGGAAGAGUUCUAUGAGAAAUAUGCAGCUUCCAGAGACCACUAUAAGUCAGAGUAUGAGACCAAGUUGAGAGAUGAGUUGGACAACAUCAGGCUUAAAACCAGUCAGGAGAUAGACCACCUGCAGAAAACCUCCAGAGAGAUGUAUGAAAGAGAGAACAGGUGUUUGCGUGAGGCCAGAGAUAGCGCAUUGUUGGAGAAGGACAGUGCUGUUGCUUCUGAGCGAGAUACGAAGUCAAGAUAUGACCAACUACUGCAACAGUUUCGUCAGCUCCAGCUGGCUACUGACAGCAGGGUAGCAGAACUGACCAACCAGGCUAAGCUGCACUCUUUCGAAGCCGAGCGUGCUGAGAUGGUCAAGCAAGAGACAGCCAGCAUGUUAGCACAGUGCCAGGUGGAGUGUGAGAAAUGGCAAAAGAAACUGGAGAUUCUCACCCAGGAGUUUUACAGGGUGCAAACAUCUUUGGAGAAGCAAGUGGCAGAGCUGCAAGUUAAAAACACUGAGCAGGCGUCUCGACUGGAGACGUAUGAAAAGCUGGAGCGAGAGUUGGACGAAGUCACCAUGCAGGCUGCUGAAAUUGAGAAUGAAGAGGAUGCAGAGAGGGUUCUGUUCUCAUACGGGUAUGGUGCAAAUAUUCCCACAACAGCAAAAAGAAGACUCAAACAAAGUGUUCACUUGGCCCGGAGGGUGCUACAGCUGGAGAGAGAGAACACGUCACAAAGAAGAGAGCUGGAGACUCAAAAGUCACAGACAGGGCGGAUAUCUGAGCAGUUGUUGGCAGCCAACCACCUGUUGCAGCAGACACGGCAGCCCUAUAACUACCUGAUUGACCGAGUGCAACAAAAGGAUGCACAGAUCAACACCUUAAAGCAGCACAUUGCCUCGCUGGAGGAGAAUCUCAGUGCCCUGAGGAAAGAACACGCGGCUCUGCAGCAGGUGAAAAACAGCAUGGCCGCCGAUCUGGAGCGACUCCUCUGCCAUCAAGAGGAGUUGGCAAUGAUGAAGCAGUUGCUGAUCAGCAUGCAGUCUAGACAGGGAGACGCUCUAAACCAGUUGGAAACAGAUCGAAUUGGUAUCAAGGUCUCUGCCGCUGGAAGACAACAAUCCAAACAUAUCAAUAGGACCACAGAAGAAGAGUCACCAACCAACCCCAAACCUACUGUGUUUACCAAUAAAGAAGUUCCUGAUUGGGACCAGAAGCGGAAACCAAAAUGACCACUCAUUUGCGUUACUAUUUGUGCUGUUAAUAAUUACUCAGGCCUUUAACA